UAUUAACCAUCUCCACAUGUGGACGUAAAUAAAAACUUUGGUUUGGAAAGAAAACGUUUUUUUAGGUAUCCACUAAAGUGAAACUAACAUGAUGGACGAAGAAGCAGACUUUGUAGACACGGUUAGCGCAAGCGAAGAUGAGGAUGAUGAGAAAAGUCAUGCGAGAUUGUUGGAUGCUAUUUCUAGCCUUGACGGGAAAAAAGUCAACAAGAGAAGCCAGAGGACAGUGCCCUCCAAUGAAGUCUCAGAAUUUCACUUCAAAGCUUCGUCAGAUGACUCCAAAGUUAAGUUACACGAGCUGAUGGGGACUCUGAAGACCUCGGCCAGACAUGGUUCUUUAAAGACCAAACUCAACAAGGUCCAGAACCAGAAGGUGGUGCCGGUACCACUCCCCAAACACCAGAAAGAGAAGAUUGAGAGAGGAGUUGCCUAUAGCAAGACAGCCAAAGAGAUUUCUAAGUGGGACCCAGUAGUCAGGUCUAACAGAGAGGCAGAGCAGCUGCAGUUUCCACUACAGAAAACAGAGAUCCACCUACACAAUAACACGGGGAAAUUCAGUCAUUUCAAACCCCGUACCCCACUAGAGAUGGAGAUAGCUGCCGUCCUACACGGAAAUAAAGACGACCUGCCAACCCAAAAUAAAGAACUGACACCUGCUGAGGAGAGGAUAAUAGCAGCCAUGAGCCUAGAGGAGGCCAAAGAAAGAAGAGCAGAACUUCAGAAAUUCCGAGCCCUAAUGUCAUAUAAAGAGGCCAAGGCCAAGAGACAGAAGAGAAUCAAAAGCAAAAAAUUCCAUCGAAUAAUGAAGAAAGACAAGCUAAAGCAGGAGAAGAGAGCGUUUGAAGAGCUACAGAAGAAUGACCCCGAGGCUUAUAAUGAGAAACUGGAGGAGGCCGAGAGGCAGAGGAUAGAGGAGCGAAUGAGUUUGAAGCAUAGAGGAGGCAGCAAAUAUGCCAAGAAACAAAUGCUGUAUGCCAAGUUUGAUGAUCAGGCAAGACAGAGGGUUCAGGACAUGUUACAGAAGAGUCGAGAACUGACUCAGAAGGUGGUCCCUGUCAGCGACAGUGAAGAAGAGGAGGAGGCUCAGAUUGACUCAGAGGAAGAAAUGAUGAAGAGGGAGUUAGCUGCCCUUUCUUCUAAUCCAUGGAUGAAGGUUCAGACACCAGCAGCUCCGACAAAGUCCGAGUUUUCUCGCCCGGAGGUCAUGCUCAACAGCGAAGGUCAGGAGGAGGACAGAGAGAGUGAGAGAAGUGAGUCUGAGGAAGAAGGGGAUGUGCUGAAGAAGAUGGGGAGGGAGCUUAAGAAGAAGAAGCAGCAGAUUCAGGAGGUCAGUCAGAUGGUUAGUAAUGUGGAGGAGGGAAUCGACGAAAUCUUCCAGAAACUGGAGGAUAAAGCACAGGAUGAAGAGAAGAAGGUGGAAGUGUUUGUGAUGGAAGACGCAAAGGGAAGUAAGAGGAAGAAAAAAAGGAGGAAGAAGAAAAAUAAGGAGGAGAAAUUGAAGGAUGAGGGAGAGAAGGAAGAGGUGGAAGAUGUUCCUUUGAUCAGUGAAGGAUUAAAGAGGAAGAAGACUCUGGAAGAUUUGGAGGAAGACGAUGCAGAGUCAGAAGAGGAUAUCCCUAUAUAUUCCAGGACAGCUGUACCAAACACAGACAGUAUCUCCAGUGAAGAUACCAAAACGGGGGAGGUGAAUAUAGAUCCUAAAAAGAUAAUCACAUUAGAGACUAAGUUAUCAGACGUCGCGAAUCCAGACGUCACCACUGGCGAUAAUGAGGAAGAAUCUGAUGAAGAGGAGACGCAGCGAUCACUCAUCGCCCAGGCCUUCGCUGAGGACGACGUUGUCGACGAGUUCGUAAAGGAGAAGAACGCCAUCAUUGACCGAGACAAACCCAAGGACCUGGACCUGUUUCUCCCGGGGUGGGGAAGCUGGGGAGGGGAGGGGGUAAAAGUGUCCAAGAAGAAACGCAAAAAGUUCUUGAUAAAAGCCCCUGAGGGACCACCACGGAGGGACGAUAAACUGGGUAACGUGAUCAUCAGCGAGAAAAAAGAUAAAGCCAUCAGUAAACAUCAGGUGAGUGAUCUACCCUUCCCGUACGUAUCUGUGGAUCAGUAUGAGCAGUCAAUACGAGCUCCCAUCGGAAAAACUUGGAACCCAGAGACGGCGGUCAGGGAACUAGUCAAACCAAAAGUGGUCACGAAACUCGGCAGCAUCAUAGAGCCCAUCAACAAGGCGGACGGACCGGAGCUUCUUCGUCAGGUUUUCCUGGAGCGUGGGUGGAUCGAGUUUGACGAGGAUUCUCAGGAGGAUUACGACUGGAACAUUUGGUGGAGAACCUCCAGGUUCCGUAACUGUGAUUACGACAACAUCCAGAAAUGGCAGCGACUGAACCACUACCCCAAGUCAACAGGGAUCACCAAAAAGGACUGUCUGGCACGGAACCUGAAGCGAAUGAAGGGGGUCCACGGAGCGGGCGUUUACAACUUCUGUCCCAUGACCUUUAAUCUGCCCAACGACUACACACGCUUUGUGGCGGAGUACAGUAAACUGAAACAGAAACAGAAUGACUCCAAAACUCUGUACUGGAUUUGUAAACCAGCUGACAUGUCCAGGGGGAGGGGGAUUUUCAUUUUCAGUGACAUAUCAGAUCUACAAUACGACUGCAAUGCGGUUCUUCAGCGAUACAUAUCCAAUCCUCUUUUGAUUGGGGGAUACAAGUUUGACGUUCGAAUUUAUGUGGCAGUGCCGUCAUUUCACCCUCUGACAAUUUACAUAUAUGAAGAAGGAAUUGUGAGAUUUGGAACAGAAAAGUUUGACUUGUCUGCUCUACACAAUGUCUUUGCUCAUCUUACCAACACAUCUAUAAAUAAACACAGUCCAGCCUACACGACGGACAAGGAGCGAAUUGGUCCAGGGUGCAAAUGGACUCUGACACAACUUCGCUAUUAUUUCCACCAGAACCACAUUGACGACAGUGUUCUCUGGAUCCGAGUCAUGAAUCUUAUCAUCCUAACCGUUCUAGUUCAGGCUCCACAAGUUCCUAAGGUAGAGAAUUGUUUUGAGCUGUAUGGAUUUGACGUUCUCAUCGACGAGAAUCUUAAACCCUGGCUACUGGAGGUGAACUUUAGUCCUUCUCUCAGCUCCGAUUGUCAGUCUGACAUCAUAGUGAAAAAGCCAUUACUACAUGAUCUGAUGGAUCUCAUGCAUUUCAAGGAGCAGGACAAGGAGAGAGGGGGAGAGGCCUUCAGACAGAUGACCAGCAGGUCCAAGGCCCUGGAAACUGACCGAUACUCCUCGGUCAGCAGGACUGGCAGAAACUCGGCCAUGCACAGAAGUACAUCCAACUUCCAAAAAAGUUUGAGUGCUCUCAGCAAGCAACAGUCAACAGUGAAAGAGAGUACUUCUUACAUAGAGCAAGACAACGAAGCAGAAAAGCAAAGAGAGGCUGAAAGGAUGUGCUUUGGACUGCCAUUGGUCAAUCCAACAGAGGAUGAAAAAAGGCCGGGCAGUGCCAGCUCUGGUGUUUCCAGUGCAGGAAGUGAAAAAUUGGAGGAAGUGGAAAAGGAUCUGAAACCUCGCAUUCCCAAAAGUGCCAGUGCAGGCCAGCUUCAUAGAGAGAAGAGUCGGACGUCUGUGACUUUCAGUAUAGGACCGCCCAGUGCUAGGUCAGUGGUGAAGACUCCGAGUCUCACUGAUGUAAAUAAUAACCACCCCACUAGUCAAUCAGUGAUUCACACGACAAUUGGUCCCGUACAGACUGUGUUUGUGCGAAGGUCCAGCACACUUUCCUCUAAUUCCAAGUCCCAGAGGGCAGAAAAAGCGUCCAUAAAAAGCUCCGCUACCUCGGACAGUGCAAUAUCCAGUCUCUACUCAGGCUCAGGGAGCGAAAACUCCGAUCUGGUGUCGCUACCAGAGGACUCACGACGACGACCCAAAAACAUGGUGUCCAGUCAACGGAGACCCAGCUACACGUACGGACAGACCAAUGACAGCAUAACAAAUCUAAAGAGUAAUAAACCCUCAGAACCAAAGAGCACUUUACCUUCAUCAUCUAGUCAACCUUCAUCUGGUAUCAAGUCACUGCGGCCAAAUGGAAACUCUAAUGCCUUGAGAAAAAUUUCUUCCUCUGGGACUGUUACCCCAAAGCCAAGUUUGCACCCCCAGAGGACAUUAAGUCGAGUGCAGCAGAUGAAUUAUGAUGUCCCUUCAUCACAACGAGAGGCUCGAUCCUCCUUAAACCAAAUCAAUCCACAACGAAACCAACCCCGGCGAUUCACACCAGCCAACGAAUCUCAGGCACCUUUUGCCAAGGUGUCUUUACGAAAAUCCCAGGUUAGUAGGAUGGGAGAGCAGGAAGGAGGUCACCCGACACGUAGAAGCAUUAACGGGUCACGUAUGAGCAUCCGUAACCGCACCCAACUUAACAGUCAGCAGGGGAGAUCCAAAAUCAAAGGUCCCCCGUCCCGGGUCGGCAGCUUCUACCUCGCAUUUCCCUUCAAUGAGGUCACCUACAAGACAGCCAAUGGAACGCUGGACGCUCACGUUGUGAUCCGCGAGUCACAGAAGAUUCUCAGGGAAGUCUUACAUAAUGUGGACAAGGCUAAGGGAGAGAAGAAGUCGGGGGGAUACCUGCCAUUUGGUGCCAAAGAGGAUUCCGAGCAGGAACGACUCUGGCCCCCGGUCAAACCCCCGCCAGAAGUCACAUGAUCAGAUUCUGAUGAGGAAAAUAGAGAAUCCAUGAAAGAGAAGGAAUACUCCCCCUUCAUACUACAGCUGCCCUCUGCUUCUGUCCCGAGAACCAAAGGCCGGGGUCUACUAAAUAAAGUGUCUGUUUGUGUUUGUCAAAAAUAUUCCUUAAGACCAUAAAUCUCCUUUUCACUUAUUAUGUAAUUAUAAGAAAGUAAAAUCACUGAUUAAAGCCAGUGCAGUUUUUGGAUAAUAAAAAAAAAAAAAGAGAAAAAUUAAAAUCUUGCAACUUCAGUGCCUGAAAAAAAGUCAGUUUGUUAGAAAUUAAUAAUUAUGUAUUACAUGUACAAAGUGUAUUUUAUGCAAUUUACACUGGUGCAAAUAUUUAAUCAACGAAUUUAAAGUAUCUUAGAUAUUAAUUGCUCAAUCAUCAAUUUUUGAAUGAAAAAUAAGCACACAAUGGUCAAAAGAAUUCAUGUAAUUUUGUCAUCUUAUCGUUUAAUCUUGACAGGAGUUGUUCCCCUUUUUGCAGCGUGUUUGAUGAACACAUAUUUUUAUUUAAUAUACAUUGUAAUGAUGUUAUUUUUGUACAAAUAAGAAUAGAAAAAAAUCCAAACUCAAGCACUAUAGAUGUUGACAUGCUUUAGGUCUUGAAAUCAGUGCUUUUAACUUUGUUAAUAUUUAUUAGCUAAAAUGAAAUAAAUUGGAUAGUGUACCUAAAAUAUUGACCAAUCCAUUGUAUAAUUUUCUGUUAUUUGUAAUUUAUUACAUUCAAAAGAAAUAACUGUUCUUAGAAGACAGAGUCAUAGAUAAUAAUCAUUAAUGGAAGGUCAUGAACCCUAUAGCUGUAAUUCCGUGUAUUGUUUUGUCAUAUUUUGUAUGAAGUUGUUAAUAUAGUGGCAAUUAUUUUUGUAGUCAUUCUGUUUCUAUGUGUUGUUUCUCCUUCUGAUGGUGCUGUGUUUAUUUUUCCUAUGUAUCCCCCAUUUUUUUUUUUUUUUGUUAACUGUUUUUCAUUUUAAUUUGUUUUUCCAAUUUAUGUGUGAAGCAUGAUUAUGAAUUCAGCAUUACUGACUGUAAAGAAAGGUAGCAAUAUAUUUUUU